GCCUGGUACUGAUUGUCUUAAACUCAGUGUAUAGGAGGGGUGUAGGAUUUUUUAGCAUGUGCCAUCCAUCAACCCAAACGAUGGUAUUACAUCCAGUUUAGAGAUAUAACCCAUUAGUUGCAUUCUUUAAAGCAGGGGUACGUUUCAAAUGGUAUAUGGUAGGUCAGAUGCUGGAAUAUUGUUUCUUUCUGCAAUGAUGCUAUGGAACAUUAGUAGUGUGGGUUUAACUAGUGCUAGAAUCUCAUAAUCUACGCCCAAGCAACAUUGUUGUGCGAGAGAAAAAAAAUCCUGUCUUCAUGAAUGAAUGGAAAAUCACUUCCUUUUCUGCUGGGUGCGAGCUGUUUUCUGGCUGCAAGCCUCUGCAUUUCAUUGAAGGUAUGAACAACGCCCCAACCGAUGAUUAAAAAGCUAGCUCUGAAACAAAGACAGGCGGCUCACAUGAGUAAACAAACAACAGGAUUUCAGGGAAAACUUUUCAUUUUUGACAUAAAAUCUGUGUUUGACUGAAAAAGAGAACUGUUUUCUGGUUUUGAGAACCGAAAAAAUUGAAUAGGUAUUUGACAAUAUGCCAUUGAAAACAGGUUGCAAAUCCUUUAUUAAUUAUAAAAUCAAUGUUAUGCUAUGUCGUUGCCAUUUUGACAUAAACUUUGUGAGGGAUCGAACGUGCUUUUACAUUUUCUUCUAUAAAUAUUUUUGGAUGUCAUUGAUAUAUUGAGAAGUUUAGUUGAGGUUUAGUUACCCGUUAUACAAUUUGUAACUGCUAAUGAAAAGAAAUUCAUGCAUGGAUCCUAACCUUAUAGUUUGAAAGUAGUUCAAGGAAACGAUGAAGGUGUGUGGGAGCAAAUAAUUGAUCUUGUAAAGAGCACCACUUUUUAUUUAAUCAUUUUGACAUCACCUAAAUCCUCUUACCAGCCUCUCAUCAUUAUGGCAUUUAAACCUUCUGUAUUUAUUACUUUCUAUCCACAAACACACAUUCUGAAAGGUGAAAUGGAGCUGGAACCUCCUUUGCAUAAUGAUCAGCAGAAGCUCUCUGAGAAGAGGUUGUUGGGAAAAGUUGCAAUUAUAACUGGGGGUGCAAGAGGGAUUGGAGCAGCCACAGCAAAAUUGUUUGCUCGGCAUGGUGCCCAUGUUAUCAUAGCUGAUGUACUCGAUGACUUGGGGUUCACUCUUGCCGAUUCAAUAGGCGGCCGCUAUAUACACUGCGACGUGGCCAAGGAAGAUGACAUGGAGUCAGCUGUUCAGCUGGCACUCACAUGGAAAGGCCAACUAGAUAUCAUGUUCAACAAUGCCGGCAUUGGAGGGCUGGAUGGCAGCGUCACCAACAUUGACAUGACCAAGAUGAAGGCCCUUCUUGCAGUUAAUGUGAACGGCAACAUACAUGGAAUCAAACAUGCGGCACGGGCCAUGAUCAGAGGGCGAAAAGGAGGGUGCAUCAUAUGCACCUCCAGCUCCGCAGCCAUCAUGGGAGGCCUAGCAUCACACGGCUACACAUUGUCCAAAGAGGCUAUUGUCGGACUCAUGAGAAGCACCGCUUGUGAGUUGGGGGUGCAUGGAAUCCGCGUUAAUUGCAUUUCGCCACAUGGGGUCCCUACAGAGAUGCUUGUGAGUGGGUACCGGAAGAUCCUGGGAAAAGCGGAUGUGACGCCUGAAGAAGUGAGUCGAAUUGUGGGGAAGAGAGGGAGCCUGCUGCGUGGGAGGGGUGGGAGUGUGGAAGACAUUGCACAGGCCGCGCUGUUUUUGGCCAGCGAAGAUGCGGGCUUCAUAACAGCACACAAUCUUGUCCUUGAUGGGGGUUUUACUUCUGCUUGCAGCGACAUGAAUUUCAUCUACCAAGAACCGACUUGAGUUUGAUAUACCAAGAACAACGAUCAGUCAAGCAUGCAGAGGGGGAAAGAGAACAGAGUAAAGCAAACGGCUACCAUGGACAAUCCUUUCUAAUUCAUACAGAGAUCAAAAGGAUGUAUCUAAUCUUAUAUGCUAAAUUUAUUUCUCAAAUGGCUAAGCACAUAUCAUUAUGCCUUCAGGUACUGCUAGUAAUGUCCUGAAUUCCAAGUAAUUGUUUCCCUUAUACCAAGAAAAUGCCCUGUUUUAAAAA